AUGACUGGUGAUGAAGCAUCUAUGUCACCGGACGGGUACAUCACCAUCACUGGCCGUAUCAAGGACUUGAUCAUCCGGGGUGGCGAGAAUAUUCACACAUUGGAAAUCGAGAAUUUCCUAUUAGGACACCCCGGUGUAGCCGAGGUCUCUGUCAUCGGUGUUCCAGACGACCGAUAUGGUGAAGUGGUUGCCACCUUCGUAGUUGCUCGAGAGCGAGUUUCCCUUACCAGGAAGAGAUUCAGCAAUCGGUCCGGCAGAAGCUAA